AUGAUUUUUCGGUGGAUUUGUAAGGGACGAGAGGCGCUUUAUUAUAGAAAUAGUAAUGUCUUCCUGUUCGCCCUAUUGGCUUUAUCUAUGGCAGCUCCAGCACCUAGCAACAUCCUGACAUACGCUGAAGUGUACCCAGCAGUUGAAAGCUACUCCAGCUAUUCGGACUCUGUGGUUCACGGCACUCCUAUAGUCUCCGUGCCAUUGGUGGAAUCUGUACCAGUAGUGCAGGCUUAUGGAUAUGAUCAAGUUCUUUUCUAA